AUGGACUACAGGAAACACCAGCUAGAACAAGACAAUAACAUGGACUACAGGAAACACCAGCUAGAACAAGACAAUAACAUGGACUACAGGAAACACCAGUUAGAACAAGACAAUAACAUGGACUACAGGAAACACCAGCUAGAACAAGAUAAUAACAUGGACUACAGGAAACACCAGCUAGAACAAGACAAUAACAUGGACUACAGGAAACACCAGCUAGAACAAGAUAAUAACAUGGACUACAGGAAACACCAGCUAGAACAAGACAAUAACAUGGACUACAGGAAACACCAGCUAGAACAAGAUAAUAACAUGGACUACAGGAAACACCAGCUAGAACAAGAUAAUAACAUGGACUACAGGAAACACCAGCUAGAACAAGAUAAUAACAUGGACUACAGGAAACACCAGCUAGAACAAGACAAUAACAUGGACUACAGGAAACACUAG